CUUUUUCUUUAAAAUAAAUGAGUGAAAAGAAAGAAAGAAAGACUCUUGUUGAAUGCAUUCGUAACUUUACUCCUUCAUGGUUCUCAACCACGAUGGGCACAGGCAUUGUAUCCAUUUUGCUCUAUAAUUUUCCGUUUCCUUUCAAGGGACUGCAUAUCAUUGCCAUUGUUGUAUUCUUUAUCAAUGUCACAUUAUUCUGUCUAUGUACAAUAUUGUCACUAGCAAGAUACAUUAUGUUUCCUUCAGUCAUUCAACUGAUGCUGAAGCAUGCUUCCCAAAGUUUGUUUGUCGGCACGAUUCCAAUGGGACUCACGACCAUCACCAACUUUUGUAUUCUGCUAGGUUAUGUUGAUGUCGCUUUUGUACUUUGGUGUAUUGAACUAGUACUUACUGUCAUGAGUUGUCUUGUUAUACCUUACUACCUGAUCAUUCAUCACCAUCAUCGAUUAGAAUCAAUGAACGGUACUUGGUUAUUGCCUAUUGUGCCUGCUGUUGUGACAGCAGCCUCAGGCGGUCUGUUAGCUCAGCACAUUAAUGUUACGCGAGGCAUGGUUGUACUUAUCAUGUCGUUUAUCAUGAUGGGUAUGGGUCUAUUUUUGGCUCUAUCGAUUAUCGUCAUUUACUUUUAUCGAUUGGCAAUUCAUAAGCUACCACCAAAAGAAGUGAUCGUUAGCUCAUUUUUGCCCUUGGGUCCGUUAGGCCAAGGUGCUUAUGGUAUGAUACAACUCGGCCUAGCAUCAGAUCGUCUAUUAGGAAACCGCUUUAUUGAGGGAUUUGGUAAGACCGUGAAUGGCAUAGGCUUGAUUUCUGCUUUGAUGUUAUGGGGUUACGGUCUAUGGUAUCUUGUGGUAGCUGUCUUUUCUGUAGCAGUGACCACAAAACAAGGCAUUCCAUUCUCCAUUGGUUGGUGGGGGCUGACAUUCCCUUUAGGUGUCUUUACUGCUGCUACAUUAAGUAUAGGCCAAAGUUUGGACUCCAUGUUCUUUUCAGUGCUAGCAGCUAUCUUUACAUGCGUCUUAGUCUUGAUCUGGCUUGGCGUGAUGAUCAAGACGUUAAAGGGAGCAUUGACGGGUGAGAUGUUUUAUGCACCUUGUUUAACUCCUGUCAUUUUAAAUCCAUGAACAAAAGUUUAAUGUUUGUUCAUCUAUCACACUUGUUCUUAAAGCAACCUACUGCAGUGAUAGUUAAAUGUACUGACAGUAUGAAGAUGUCAAAAUAAACCACUUUAUUAUUAUUAUU